AUGGCUGCACAUAAAACUUUUAUUAUCAAGCGGAAGCUUGCCAGGAAGGCAAAACAAAAUAGGCCGAUGCCACAGUGGGCACGAAUGAUGACCGGUAAUAAGAUCAGGUAUAACGCCAAAAGACGGCACUGGCGUCGCACAAAGCUGAAGUUAUAA